AUCAUCAUCAUCAUUGUUGUCAUCAUCAUCGAAAACUGUUAAUAUUGAAAAAAAUUUCAUUCGAAUCAAUAUCAUCAUUAUCAUUAUCAUCAUUGCGACCAAAACGACAACGCAACGUUUUAUUAUACAAACAAUUAUUAUGCGUGAAGAGAUUGAAGCGGCAGUUACAUUUUUGACUAGGCUUUUGGCCACAAAAAGUAAUCCGGAUCCAGGUGGAUCCGGUGGUGGUAGUAGUAAUAGUAAUAGUGGAACGUCAAAUGGUUCGAUAACAUCUUCAAAUAAUAAUAAUAAUAAUAAUAAUAGUUAUAAUAAUUCAACGACAACAACAAAAUGUGGAGAUUCAACAAAAUUAUUGACACAAGAUUCUCAUUCAACAAUAACGACAACUUCUAAUAGUAAUAAUAAUAAUAAUAGUCAACAACAACAACAACAAUUAAAUGAAGAAAAAAUUAAAAAAUUUUCACAAAAAUUAAUGGAAAUAUUAACACAACGUUUUCAAAAUCAUUGGUAUCCACAAAAUCCGUCCAAAGGACAAGCAUAUCGUUGUAUAAGAAUAAAUCAAAAUUGUCGUGUUGAUUAUUCAAUUGAAAUGGCAUGUCAACAUGCAGGUAUUAGUUAUGAUGCAUUACGUUUGCCAGUCGAAUUGACAUUAUGGAUUGAUCCAUCCGAAGUUACCUGCCGGUUUGGCGAAAACAAAGGAUCAUAUUGUAUAGUGGCCAAAUUAGGUGAUGGCCGUAAAGAGAAUUUUGUCGAUUCAAUCAAUAUUGAUGAAUUAGAACAACGAUCUAUUGAACAUCGAUCGAAAACGGCGUUUGAAAAUUCUUCUCGUAUGAAAAUGAAAUCUUUGUCACAUUUGGCACAUCAACAACAAGCACAACGGCAUCUUGCAUCGAUAGCUGCGAAUAAUCAUUUGGCUGUUGCAGCCCAUUUGGCUGGAUCAGCUGGUGCUAAACAACAAAAUCGUCAACAAUCACCUGCAGCAGCCAGUCUAAUGAAUCAAUUCAUUUCGACAACAUCGGCAAAUUUAGGUGGUGUCGUGAAUAAUAGUGUCGCUUCUUAUCAUGCUAUGAAUGGAACUGGAAAUGUACCAAAUGGUGCACUUACUUCUGCUGGUUCUACACCUAAUUCUCAUCAUGGAAUCGGUUCAUCACCAGUUGGUGGUGCUGCAUCAUUGACCAAUGGCUUUAGUGGUAUUGAUCAUCAUCAUGCUGCAUAUUCACUUGGUGCAACUGUUAAUGGUCUUGGUUCAGUAUUUGGAACAGGCGGACCUGGUUCCGGUUCUGCAUCAGCUGGAUCUUUAUUUUCUGCAGCCGGUGCUGCCGGUUCUCAAACAACGAAUCAACCACCUACAGGUACACCAUCUGGACCAUUUUCAUCGUAUCAAUAUUUCUACCAUCAACAACAACAACAUCUCAAUUUUCAACAACAACAGCAGCAACAAAUUGCAGCUGCCAUGCAACAUCCAGGAUCAUGGUCACCUGCUUCCGGUUUGUUUAGUGCCAAUUCGGCAAGUAAAUUUUUAACCGGAAUGACUGGAGCUGGUUCACCGCAACAACAAGCUCAUCCAGCAUCAUCAUCAACACCUCCAACAACAUCGGUUAUUGGUCAAUCACGUGCCUCUUCAUUGGCUGGUGUAGUGUCUUCAUUAACAUCUGGAGGAUUCGGAACCAAUCGUGUACAAACAUCAUCAUCAGCAACAACACCAACGAAUGCCGCAGUCAAAUCGAAUAGUCAAACAAAUUCAAAUGCUGCUGGUCUAUUAACCAAUGGUGGUUUAAUGGGCGCUAAUGGAUCUAAUUCAAAUCCAACUGGAUCGAAUUCAUUAACAGGAAACGGUGCAAAUCCAAAUGCACCGGUAUUUGUACCACGUUCAAAUUAUCUAUACUCACAGUUUAAUCUAUCGGCCCAACCAUUCACACCAUCAUCAUUGAAUAGUGGUUAUGGUAUUGAAUCAACAAAUGGUGGUUCACCAUCAUCAUUAUCAACAACAGCAUCGAUGAAAGUUGACCGUCGUACUGGAUCAUCAUCCGUAUCGCCAGGUAUUGGUCAAGCAUCAUCAUCAUCAUCAUCAACACCAUCAUCAUCAUCAGUGGUGACAGGUGGUAGUAAUGGUUUAGUUGCAGCUGCUUCGGCAGCAACAGCUACAACUGCUGGUACACCAUUAGUGUUACGAUAAUUAAUAAUAAUAAUUACAGAAAACAAA